AUGAUGAUUCUAAGAUGUCCCGUCACUUUCCUGAUUGUGCCCAAGAGAUUUGUUCAUGGUAUAAUUUUAAAGAUAUUGCCAUUAGGAGUCUUAAAGAACUGAUACGAAAACGGUUUCUUGAUAAAAUAAAACAUUUAAAUUAAUUUUAAAUUUGUGGUAUGAUCUCAAAUUCAGAUUCCUCGAAAGGGACCUAUAUUAAAAUUGGAAGUGCCAAAGUUCCUGUUCGAAAGGCAAAAUCGCCGGAAUUUGUGCCAAAGGGUUACUGUAAGUAUAAGCAAUAUUUGAUUAUGCAUAUAGUUGAUGCGGACAAAGCGGAGUGGAAGCUGGAAGGAUUGAAGUGGUUGUUGAGGAAGGAUACCCUCAAUCAAGAUGUAUUUUUGAUCGGAGUUCCUGGAUCUCUUCGCUCAGAUUUGAUCCUAAAUUAUCUUGAAUUAUGCAAUCGCGAAUUCGAGUACCUCUCGUUAACUCGGGACACCACUGAAGCCGACAUAAAACAACGGAGGGAGAUUAGAGGAGGGACGGCGACUUACACAGACUUGGUAAGAAAAUCGGUUUUUAUAAGGAUUAAUGUGAUAAAAAUGUUUUCACUUUUAGUGUGCAGUCAGAGCUGCUUUGAAUGGAAGAGUAUUGGUAAUUGAUGGAGUGGAGAAAGCCGAGAGGAAUGUGUUGCCGAUCCUUAAUAACCUUCUCGAAAACAGAGAGAUGCAGUUAGACGAUGGCCGAUUCUUGAUGGCUCCUACGAAAUUUGACAAACUUUUGGAGGUUAGCUUCGUAUUUUAUUAGUUUAUUUUGCUUUUAGAAAUACUCAGAAAAAGAAUUGAAUGAGAUGAAAUUGGAGAGAGUAUCCGAGGAUUUCCAUGUGAUUGCCCUAGGCCUUCCAGUCCCGCGAUUCAAAGGCCAUUCCCUCGAUCCUCCACUUAGAAGUCGAUUCCAAUGUUUGAAUUUGGCAGACCUCCCUUUUAAUAUUGUACAAAAAGUAUGUGCUGUGUUAUCUCCGAAAGUGGAUCCAGUCAAAAGAAGCAAUUUGAUUGCGCUGUGUUUUGGGUUAAAUGUCCAGCAAACUGCCGCGAGCUUGUCUAUGCCUCGAGUCCCCAUUGAUAAUAUGAUCAAAGCUAUUGGAGUGUGGGUAGGUUAAAUUUAUUCAAGAAUUUCAAUCGUCACUUAUCUGUGGCUCUGCAUAUUUUCCUUCUGAAAUCAGAAAUAGACUGCUGUAAAAAUUGAUAUCCUUACUCCUUUUCCGAUUGCUCUUUGUGACAUCACUGUAGGUGAUGUUUGUUUUAUAACGGCGCCUUAUACAUUAUUCUUUGUAAGGGCAGACUUCGAUUUCUUUCGGGGUUUGGUUUUUGUCCACAUGAAAUCAAAAUCAUCAUUUGGACCGAAAGUAAACGGAGAGAUAUAGAAAGCGCUGUAAUAGCAGUGCUUUCAAUGUAUCUGCCAACAUUUUAACAGCUGAUUUUACGGACGUCGCAAGUCUUGCGGGCAACCGUAGAAUCUCUAUGUUUUUUUUGAGCUGCCCGCAAAGUGAUUGCCCGCCAUUUUGCGAGAGGAGUUGUCUCCUUUUCCAAAAAUUACAGAUCACAAUUUCAGAAUUUAAAUCCCCAUUUGUCCGAAAAUGAAGUCUUGGACUUGUUUUACCCCAAAGAGACAAUUCUGAAGAGAGAAACUGAACUCCCAAUCUUAAAUCAAUUCAUACAUGAGUUUUCAAUUAAACGUUCAACGAAGAAAUCAUUUUCAUCGAUUAGAGUUGAUGAUAACACAGUAACCUUGAAGAGCCCUACAACUGAAGAUAUCACGUUUACUGUGCCCACUGGAGUUGCAAAAGAAGAUGUGAAGCGUUUCCGCUUUGUAGCCACGCCGUCUCAUGAAGAUUUGCUCGCUGAUUUAUCCAUUUUACAUUCACAGACAGACUUUUGUGUCCUCGGAGCCAAAGGAUCGGGCAAGACGGCACUGAUCGAGGAGUUUGGGAGGAGGCUAAAUUAUCAUUUGGAGACGAUUACUCUCUUCCAAGACAUGAACAGUCGAGAAUUAAUCCAGCAGAGACGAAUGUUACCUAAUGGAGAUACUGUUUGGGAGGACUCUCAGUUGAUCAAAGCUGCCAAGGAAGGGCAUUUAUGUGUUUUAGAUGGGUUGGAGAAAGUUCAUUGGAGCACUGCAGAAGUUCUGUCGUCUUUGGUCCAUCAUCGGUUUAUUGAUCUACCUGACGGCGGGAGAUUGGUCAGCCCAGAAGCAUUUGAAAUAUUGAAGAAAGAGAAUGAAUGGAAUGACAAUCAACUCAACGAAAAGUAGGGGUUUUUUUUUAAAUGUAUUGACUUGUAUUUUAGAGGGGUCUAUAAAAUAUCUCCGAGUUUUCGUUUGGUGGCUUUGGGAGAUUCAGAAAGCGCUGAUGCCUCCGGAAACACAUGCAAAUGGUUGAACGAUCAAGUCUUGUGUCUGUUCCUUUACAAAACGUUGCAUCGGAUGACUCUCAAAGAACAGAAAGAUCUCAUUUUUAUGUUGAUUCCUAAUGUUGACACAGUGAUUGCCGAGAAGUUGCUGCAAUUGGCGGAUUAUCUGAAGUCAACAAGCGAUAGCAAUGUAAGUAAGCAUAUAUUAAAAGAUUUUUUUUAGUUGAGGCAUGUUGGAUUGUCUCUCUCAUUGAGGAGGAUGAUAUCGAUUAUGAAAAGAGUUACCCAGAAUCCGGACGAGGGAAUCUAUGAAUCUCUAAAUAGAUCAGUCUUGUCAAAAUUCUUGCCUAAAAUUACAAAACAAGCAUUCCAAAAGGCUCUUGUUAAAUUUGAUAUUAAAGAGAAUGGGAAGUCAAAUAUUGAUGACCGGAGUUGGAAAGAGGACUUGAAAUUGUCAACCCAAUCAUCUUCGAAGUACGAUACAAGGAUUCCUGAUGUUGUUUUCUACGAUAAUAUUCAGGUAGGCUGUCUUUCUGCUUGAAUUAUAACGAUUUUUGCUCUUCUUAGCAUCUCCAAAUCAUGCAAGAUAUGGCUGUCGACUUCUCCCUUGGGGAACAUAUCUUAUUGAUUGGAAAUCAAGGAGUGGGGAAGAAUAAGAUCACUGACAGGUUCCUUCAACACAUUGAACGACCAAGACAAUACAUGCAGUUACACAGGUAACACUCUCUACUUUUUAUUUCUAUCUUCCAGGGAUACAACAGUGCAAAGUCUUACAGUCCAGUCUACGGUAUCCGAUGGGAAAUUAAAAUUUGAGGACUCUCCGUUAGUAAAGGCGGUGAAGGAAGGUCUUGUGUUAGUGGUGGAUGAGGCAGAUAAAGCUCCGCUGCAUGUUAUCGCGGUUCUAAAGUCUUUAUUGGACUCUGGAUAUUUGUAUUUGGCAGACGGACGGAGAAUCCAGCCUCAGGGGGCGAGCCUUUUACCUGAUGGAAAGUCGGUUCCCAUUCAUCCAGACUUCAGGAUGAUUAUGCUGGCUAAUCGUCCUGGCUUUCCUUUCUUGGGAAACGAUCUGUUCAACGUGUUGGGAGAUCUCUUCGCCGUACAUAUUGUGGACAACCCUGAUCGUCUUUCGGAAAUAUCAAUGCUAAAAAAAUAUGGACCAAGUAUGAUUUUAGAAGUGUUACCGUAUACUUGAAAAUAGAGGCUAAAAUAACAUUACUUUAGGCGUUCCCCCAGAAACUGUUGAACUUUUGGUCUCGAUCUUCGAUGAGCUUCGUCGUCUCUCUGAUGAGGGCCUGCUGUCUUAUCCGUAUUCGACCCGAGAACUUGUAAAUAUUGUAAAGCACAUAGACAAAUUUCCUGACGAUCCGCUCACCGAAGUUGUCAGAAAUGUGUUUGAUUUCGACGCCUAUUCAAAAGACGCCGUCUCCACAAUCGAGAACGUCUUCCGAUCUUAUGGUGUCCCGUUAGGUACGAAAUAAUGCCGUUUUAGUUAUACAUAUUGUUGUCCAUUUUUUAGAAAAUAAAACAUAAAAUAUUACUGUUUGGAUAUCUUCAGGCCUCGUCGAUCGAGAACUUCCAGUACAACUAGCCAAGAGGCACUCUCUGCCAUCCAAGGAAACCCUUGGGAAUUGGGGAGUAAAAGACAAUGUGGUUCCAAUUAAAGUGAAGAUUACUAACUCAAAACUUGCUGGAAAUGUAAGGGAAUUAUUUUUAAAAUUAUUUAUGAUAUAGGACCGAACGGAAUGGAAUGAAGUACAAACUGAAGUCUCCACUCGGUUCAGUCGUGCCUACGGAUUUACUGAACAAUCAUUGGGAUGGCAAUUGGACCUGCCAGAAGGAGCGAUGGUGUCCAGUAUCCUGAAUCAAGGUCAAAGAAUGGUCGUCGCUGUGGUCAACAGUCCCACUAUUUUUGUGAUUCCAAAUCUUAAGCAAUCAGUGGCUUGGAAAGUCUCGAUCUCAUCUCUUCUACCCCGGUUGUUUGGGAAUUACAGACCGCGGAUUAGGAUGGCAGCUUUUGGGGAGGACGAGAUUCUCAUCCAUGAGGAAAUGGUAAGCAAAAAUUACAGUAAAUUACUUCUUUAGAGUAAUACUCUACUCAAAUUCAACUUUAUGCAUCGGUUUAUGGAAAGAGUUGAAACAGAUGAUCAGAAUCGAUUCAUGAAACUGCUGGGUAAUAAAAGUAUGUAAACAUUGCAAAUUUAUUUCAAAUUACAGUAUCCUCUGGCACGAAACACUGGCGUUUGGUUGAAGUUGACAAUACAGUAUCCCUUCUUUUCCAUCGAGGAAACAAUGGAUUAAUCAAGUUGGAUGCAAAGAUUAAUGCAACUACUUCCUUUGCGCUGCCUCAGGACUUGGCUGUGGAUCAUAUAAUUCCAAUCGAUGAGAAUAGUUUCCUUGUUUUGGAGAAUGAAAAGUAAUGGAUUUUUAUUUUCUAUAUGAUUUUUAGAACUUUCUUGCUGACAAUCGAAGGCAAAAGAUGCUUUCUAAGGGACCUGGAUGUUGAUCCAAAGAUACCACUAAAGUUCGAAAGUGGCUCAGUAUUAGACAGUAAACAGGGAGUCAAAUCGGAAGAUGGUGUCGAAUUUAAUACGCCGAAUUUCUUGCUUACAAAUGAAGACUUCUACUACAUAAAGUCUUCAAUGUUUCCACAGACAUAUGUGAGUUACCGAAAGGAAAGGUGAUUUUGGUUUAGAAUUCUGGCCAAGUUUUUGCCGUCAAACGAGAAGAUGAAGGGAGUGUUCAAAAACAGCCUCCCUAUUAUUAUAACCCGGAGACAGCGUUACUUAUACAUCCUUCUAAUAACUCAAUUGUCUUCUCAAAUGGAUUAAUUGUAAGAGCUCUUCCCCUCUGGCGAACCCCUGCCCAAUCGUGGCCCGAUGAUGCUCAGACUGGUCAAAUUUGUGGAUUUUUAGAAGUGGUGGAUAUCCAUAAUGAUUGCCGCUAUCACUUCCCAAUGCCCUCUCCGGAACAACCCACGUAUUACAACUCAUGGGCCCAGUCUUUAUCCGCCGUACCUUUCGUAAUGUCUAAGGGAUCAGACGGGAAUUCUCUUUAUACUUGUGAUCUCGGAGGUGGAAUCAGACAAUGGGAAGUCGAUCAGACUUCUUUAUUAGAGUCAUAUAGAAAUUGGAGAAGAAGUCUUGGGCUGGAUCGGUCUGACGAGAGAUUAGAAAUCACUCGGGGUGACGACGACUUUGAUCUUUCAAAAUUGGAUGAACCAAAGUUUGGAAAAGUCGACCCCAAGAAUACCCCCCAUGCUGGAGGAAACACCUGGGCAGGAGGAACUGGGGGAUAUAACACGGCUGGAUUAGGAGGAGUUGGAGGUCCGUUUAGACUGGAUGCCGGCCAUGAUAUCAAACAAAUGAGUGAUGUCGCAAAGAGCCAGGUACCAGAGGAAAUUAAACAAAAAGCCCGGCAGAUUGCAAAGAAGGAAUAUCAAAAACGUCUGAAGGACAUCGAGAUGAGUGAGCAUGAUGCUGAGGAGUAUCAGAAAAUUCACUCCAAGAUCUCCAAACAAGUGAAUUCUCUUCGGAAUGUAAUCGAGUCAUUGGAAGCAAGAGAAAAAGAAAGACAAUGGUCCAAGAACCAGACGGCUGGUGAUCUCGACGACGGCAAGUUGAUUGAAGGGAUUGCUGGUGAAAAGAACAUUUAUCGGUAAAGUUCUUCACACUGUAAAUGUCUCGAUUUAGUCGAAGAGUGGAACAAAUACGUGAACCCGGAACCGUCCAGACGAAACCAAAGCGUCUGCAACUGCUAGUCGACGUCUCAGGAUCGAUGUAUCGUUUUAACGGACACGAUCAGCGGCUUAGAAGAUCUCUGGAAGCAACGUUGCUGGUAAUGGAAGCCUUAAAAGACCAUAAAGACAAAGUAAAAUAUGACAUAGUUGGCCAUUCCGGCGAUUCUCCCGAAGUUGUUUUUACUCAACCGGAUAAACCUCCAGAGAAUGAAAAGUCGAGAAUGGAUGUGCUGAAGAAAAUGUUAGCUCAUUCCCAGGUAUGGAUAGUUUAGCCAUACUAGCCAUCAUUUAUAGUUCUGCUUCAGCGGUGAUUACACAUUAGAAGCCAUAGAAAUAGCCGCUAAAAAAUUGUCGAAAGAAAUGGAAGUGGAUGAAAGAUUUGUAAUCGCCCUUUCGGAUGCAAAUCUAGACAGGUAUGGAAUCAAACCCGAGCAUCUCGCCCGGGCUCUGGAGAUGGAAGAGAAUGUUCAUUGCUUCCUAAUCCUCAUAGGAUCAUUGGGACCUCAAGCUGAAAGACUUAAGAACAACUUACCUCAAGGCAAAGCCUUCAUCAUACAGAAUACAGCCGAGUUACCACAAAUCAUGAAAGACAUCUUCUCUUCUACCUUAGUUUAA